AUGUCUAGCUCGAUGGAACCGAGACCUCUCACGUCGGCUAUGGAGAGCCCGACGUUUGAAGAGGACAGCUCAUUUCAUGUAGAGCAACCGGUGGGUUCUAUGUCAAUAUCCCCCUGUGGACGCGAUGUCGUUCUAGCGUCCAAGGAGGGUCUACAUGUCAUCGACCUAGACUCGCCAUAUUCCCCACCGCGGUAUCUCCCUCACCACACACCAUGGGAGGUAGCUGAUGUGCAGUGGUCGCCAUUCGCUGCACGCGAUCAGUGGGUUGUCAGUACAUCCAACCAGAAAGCAUUGGUCUGGAAUUUGGCCAUGAAGACAUGGCAGAACUCAAUUGAAAUUGUGCUUCACGCCCAUACUCGAGCAAUUACCGAUAUCAACUUCUCGGCAUUCCAUCCAGAUAUCCUAGCGACCUGUUCCGUGGACAGCUUUGUGCACUGCUGGGAUUUACGUGCCCCGGCGCGGCCAGCGGUCUCAUUUUCUGAUUGGUUUACUGGUGCAACCCAGGUGAAAUGGAAUCGACAAGACCCUCAUGUCAUUGCAAGCUCUCAUGACCGGUUCCUUCGGAUUUGGGAUGACCGCAUGGGCGCAUACCCGAUCAAGUCCAUUGAAGCACACAACACCAAGAUCUAUGGAGUUGACUGGAAUCGUGUUCGACGUGGUGCUGUAGUUACAUGUUCCUUAGAUAGAACUAUUAAGUUCUGGGACUACACUACCGAUUCAGAUUCCGAUAUUCCAGAAAAGCAGAUUCACACACCAUUUCCCGUGUGGCGCGCACGCAAUACGCCGUUUGGAUGGGGUAUGCUUGCAAUGCCACAGAGAGGCAACAAUGAUCUUCAUCUUUACAGCCGGCGAGCUGGAGAGGACUCAAGUCCAGAGGAUGACUUGCCUCUGGUACAUAGUUUUCCCGGACACAAAGGACACGUCAAAGAGUUCUUGUGGAGACCACGCGGAGGGGUAGCGGAUGGAAUUGACCACCGCGAAUACCAACUUGUCACGUGGGGAACAGACAGGGAACUUCGUCUUCAUAAAGUCAACCCUGAAAUUCUGGCGCGCGUUGGGUACGAAAAGGGCAAGUCCUUUAUUUCCACACGAACCGUGACACGUCUCGGUGCCGUAUAUCGGAGUUUCCGCGAUGUGAAUUCAGAUUUGGAUCUCGACGAUGUUGACGUGGCUUCCUCUGUUGGGCAACAAACCCAGAAUGCUGCGGCAGGUACUGGAAUGAACGCCAUUACUGUUCCUCACGCUCGGGGUUGGAUAAAGGGAGGCCGUGUUGACCGAUUUGGCAUGCAGCCAAGGUCAAAUUUAAGAGCCGACACAAAUCCAAUUGCUUGGAUGCGCGGUGUGAAGAUCUCAGGCUGGGACAUUGAGACAUUAGGAGAUGAAAUCAGCCAGGUCGGUGAAAAGUUCACCAAGGUGGCGUUUGAUUCAGUUGACGUUCGACAACGGAAGAUUUCCAUCUCUCUUAACGGGCCCUGGGGUGCUGAUGGGGCCUCAUUGUUCUUGAAAGUAGAUAUCAAAUUCCCAAUGAGCUAUCCCAAGACUGCUAUCCCAACCUUUGCAUUCCAAAAGACGGCCGCCGUCACCGAUGAAUGGGCUGCGAAGACCACAGCUGAACUGCGCACAAUUGCUGAAACCUAUAUGUCCCGAAACCGCGGGUGCCUGGAAGGUGCUGUGCGUUAUCUUCUAGGCGAAAGCAGCCUGGAGGACAGCAUCGCAUGGAUAUUGGGUGAAACUGGCGAUACUCUCAAGUCUCCUAUCAACGGUGAAAUGGAAGGCGAAUCCAGCGACGAGGAUGAAGUCGGCAUGACCCAGAGCCAAGAGCUGGGGAUGAGUUCUGAGCUACUGCGUCCUGUCAAUGCCAACGUCAUGGUGCCUGUGGCCAAAGUAUGCGGCGCGCUUUGGGCAAAUGACGGCCGCCUCAUAUGCUUCUUCCCACCGAAACCAAAGAAGGAUAAAUCUGCCGAAUUGUUCGAAAACAUGGGCUUCAAAGAGAUGACUCGCUGGUCUAGAGGCGAUAAAGUUUUUGAAGGCUUCGGCCGGUUACAUACCAACUCACCUGGCCCACGCGGAACGGGAACGAUAACGAGCACAGAUGAUGGUGACUCGGAUGAUUCGGACGAGUCAUACUCAGACACAUCGAGCUCUUCGGGCUCCUCUGACGUUCUUUCUGGGCUCCCGACACGUUUCCCAGCACCUCGAACAUGGCGCAGUGCCGGCAGCUAUGGCCUGCACCGGCCACGAUCAACAGAUAAUUCUCAGCGCUCGACUGCAGGUGGAGCCACAGUCAAAUCCGAGGCACCCCAGAAUAUCGUAUCUAUUCAUAAUCUGAGUGAUAUGCUACCCGUCAAGCGGGAAUUGGCGAGUCUAUAUCGCAUCUGUGGCAAAGGAACAGAUGUAUGCGCUCAUAACGCAGCUGUUGCUCUUGACGCUGGCUGCUACGAAUUGGCUCAAAUUUGGGGUCUGAUCAAGCUGAUAUUGCAUGUCCGAAAAAGCCCCGGCACUUUACCUGAGUCAGGGCUGUUGCAAAGGCGUGCACACAAAAAAGGGGGCGGAAUUGGUGGUCUGGGAAGAGAUGGGCUGUAUAGAGACUUGACGGGCAGUAUCAUUCGCUGGGGCGACCACCCCCUUGGCAGUCAUUGGCUUGUCCCUGCUCUCUUUGAACACUUUGAGCGCAUUGGUGAUGUGCAGAUGGUGGCAAUGCUCUCAUGUGUACUACUAGAAGCCAACCAAGAGGGAUAUUUGGAGAACCAGCAAGCUAAAAAGACAGGCGGGACACAGGAUUUCUCAAUGGAUUUCCCCCCUGUUCCAUCGGCGAUUCCAACCAAGUCACCAGUUGCGACGCCAGCUUCAGCUGUUCCCAAAGAGGUCCAGCCUGCGCCCGAGACUUCAGCACGCUCGUCUAGUGAGAUAUGGCGUCUCGAUUCCACUCCCCCAUAUUCUACAGGCACUACGCCUCCAUUCAUGUCCCGUCCACGAGGCAUCGCUGCUGACCGAAAAAACCCGAGCCACAAUGUCUCCAUGGCUGCAUCGCCUGAUCAGCAAUCCCAGGUACGAAGUGGAUCUGGGUUUGGAUCAGUGCUGGCAUCCUCAUUAUCUCGUUCAUUCACAUUCGGACCGUCAUCUGCGUCACCACCGACAAGUAGGAUGGACAAGAAAAAGCCUACUCCUCAAAACAGCCCAAGUGUGGCAGCUGGACAAGUGUCACAGGCUCAAUCCGAGACUGAAAGCAACCACGCAACGGAGACUACACCGCUACCCCCAAGAUUCAAAGUCACUUUCAAGAACCAAAAUGCAUUUGAAAGCGACGGACCAGCGCAAGACUCUUCUUUUCUUGACACAGAUGAGGAGUUGCUGUAUCGGUCGUACCGCGUUGCUUAUGCCAAUAUAUUAUCGAUUUGGGACCUCCCCGUUCAACAAAGCGAGGUGAUGAAGAUUGGAGCCGUGGCUGAUCGAGUGGACGACUUGACCUCAAGCCAUUACUGGAACAGCACCAUCUCCAAAGAGACCGCUUUGGAAGACUCACAGCCGGAGCCAAGCUUCCAAGCUCUUGACUUCCAGCGCCAUUGCGCCAGCUGCGGUCACGCAUUGCAGCUUUCCAUCUUUAAUAAACAACCCAUAGUCCCGAAUACCCCCUCCAAGCGACAUCAGCGCAAACCAUCAGGCCGUCGAUGCCCUAACUGCAAGCCCCGACAACCCCUGCCAACCAAACUACCCUGCGUCAUCUGCGGCGAGGUGGUUGACGGUAUGCUGAUCCCCUGUCUGAGUUGCGGACAUGUAAGCUGUUUCGACUGCCAUCGACACUGGUUCCUUCGGCCGGCCGACAAAUUCGACAGCCCAUUCGACAACCCAGACCAGAACAAGUUCCUCCCAACCUGUCCAACAGGAUGCGGCUGUCAAUGCUCCGAGCACAUUGCCGUUGACGUCCCCAUGCCCGUAUGGGAACCAGCAUUCCCCGGUCCCAAAGAGUACACACCCGAGUACGCACCCACCACCCAGCACAGUAUCGUACAGGCGAAACACUCUCAUUUUCGACAAUCUGAGCCUCUUAUGUUGGAUCACGGCCGAAAAGAGGCACCGCAGCCCAAGGGUGCUGGCCAAACUGAACACGAUUUGGAUGUAUGGCAGGAUUCGUCGCCAUUUGCAUCUCUGGCGCGUGGUCUCGGCGGUGGGCUGAGUCGUGGUUUGCAGCCGAAAGAAGCUCGGAAGAAGAAUAAAUCUGUUGCUGUGCCGUCGAAUUUGAGGAACUCUUGA